AUGUCUUCUGACGCAAAUGCUGCACCAGCAGCCGAAUAUAAACAGAAAGAGAACAGCGCGCUCGCUCCAGAGCCUGCCGCUGCCUCCAAGGCAGCUCUAGACGUGGCCUUGGAAGAAAACCAAGUGUCUGCUCCUAACACCGACAACAACGAUGAAAGCCAGGCUCGGACUGUGUUCCAAGACCCAGUUCAUUUUAAUGUCAAGCAUCCACUAUACAAUGAAUGGACGAUGUGGUUUGACAAUCCCUCGCACAAGGGAUCAUGGUCGGCAAAGGAACGCCGUGAGACGUGGGGUGCCAACCUUCACAAGGUGGUCAACAUUAAAAGUGUAGAAGAAUUCUGGGGCCUGUAUAACAACAUUGUGCCACCAUCUACGUUGCCUCAGAGUGCCAACUAUUAUCUUUUCAAGGACGGUAUUCAGCCCGCUUGGGAAGACCCUGCUAAUGGAAAUGGUGGUAAAUGGAGCAUCCAACUACCCCGUGAAAAGCACCGUAACCAGAUCGACAAGCUAUGGCUCUAUACCAUGCUCUCUGCUAUUGGUGAAAUGCUUGAAGCUCCCUCUUCAGACUCCAAGUUGCCGCAGUCGCGAGAAGAUGAACUCGUCACGGGUGUGGUUUUGCAGGCUCGCUCAAACUAUUACCGUGUUUCUAUAUGGACGCGCUACGCUGAUGAAUGGGACUCGCCUAAUUCUCAAGAGAAAGAGGUGACCGAGUCUAUUGCCACAGGUCGCCGUCUUUUGGCCUUGGGUCGUUUCUUCAAAACAGAGGUUUUGGGAUACCCUCUUGACGCCAAGAUUGGCGGAGGCUUCUCUUCGGAAGUCGAGUUCCAGAGCCACAAAGACAGUGAGAAGAAGCGCGGCAAGCGUGGUCUUGUAUAA